GCUGAGGAAGACCGUUAUAAAACGUCAUGGCAUCUCUCCUCCGUCUAUUGGGAGCGUGAAAUAUCUCUCUCUCUCUCUCUCUCUCUCUCUCUCUCUCUCCUCCGUCCUGCAUCAAUUGAUGAUAGCUUGUUACAGUCUCUCGAUUAAUCAAUCCGUGAUGAGAAGAGGGAUCCAGCGAGCGAAAGCAGCGGAAACACUAAAGAAGAAGAAGACCGAUGGGAUCUUCACGAAUCCUGAUCCUUCCACCUCUCGAGAUACGAAACGCAAGAGAAGUGUGACAUUCGUCGAUGUUGAUCAUCAAAGCGGACCAUCGGUUGAUGCCAAGACCUCGGAGUUUGCCUUCUUCAACAAGUUAAAGUCUAGUUUUGGUCGCUCCUCCUCCGAAGCUUCUCCUGCUGCCUCUAAUUGUUCAAUCAAAGUGAAACAAAACCCUAAAACCUCUGAAUCGAGAAGCGAAGAAGCAGGAGGUCAAACGCAAAAUGGUUUUGGGCUUUUAUCAUCUCUUCUUUGUGAUGACUAUAGAGUCCUGUUUAGGCUUUCCCCUGGAUUGGUAACGGACCGCCAAGCUAAAGAUACUAGCUUCUCCACUCCCAUUUAUAAUGCCUCCUCAUCUCUCAACUUUACUCGAAACAAUGAUAAAGAUCCUGGGAAGAAGAAAUGUUCUUCCGGAUUCAAUAGAGAUAAGGACAGAGUUCUAGCGGAUGAUAACAACAACCUGACAUGUGGAGGAAGCAGUGAUGACAAGGAAGAAGACUUUUUCUCUGUGAAGAGGAAGAGAUUGAACCAGUGGGUCAAAGAUACUUGGUUUCCUGAAAUCCAUAACGUCACCUCAAACGGGGGCGAUUUAGUUUCUCUUCUCUUAUCUCGGCUCUUCUCUGGAACCGAUGAGAGACAUCCUUCUAGGUUUUCCAAGGAGAGGACAGACAGAGUUCUUGAUUCUCCUGGUUCAAAGUUUCUCAAGAGGUCCCAUGAAAGCUAUGCAGAAGCUGACCAAAUGGAGAAGAACAGAUCGAUACCUUGGUGUGGAUGGCUGGAAAAUAGCAGCGCAAAGAGUCUGCAGUUUGCAACGAAUCAGCAUGUUCACAGCAGUUUCAUCCGGAGAGAUCCCCAAGACUUUAGCUUUUCCAUCUCAUAUCCUAAGAUAUCGUCGGUUUAUAGACCUCCAUGGUUGACACAGAAGGCGUCCCUGUCUUUUCCUGUUGAAGAGACUCUGGACUCUAGCCUCCAAUUCGGAAACUACAAGCCUCUUUCACUGGGUUAUCAUGGAGAUCAAAUUGGAUACAGCUCAGAGGCCUUACCCUAUGAUCACAGGGAGCCUUCUUCUGCAUUACUUCUAGAGUGGAACACUGAGAACGCAAGCACCAGAAAGACUGAUUAUUUGCAACCAAGUAAUCAUCACACAGAACUCAUCACGUGUCCAAAUGCAUCAUCAUCAUCUUUGGCUGAUGAUCCAUGGAGGUCUGACCAUUCUUCAUCCCAUGAUGUUGUUACAAGGGAGCUGUACCCUUUGCCUCUGUCCUCUCAUUACACUUCAGGCAGUUUCCUCCUGCCAGCAACAAACCAAACCAGCCAUUUUGAGCAUGAAUUCGAGAGGCAUAUGAUUGAUGAAGAAGAUGUAGUUGCAGCUAACCAAAAUCUCCGAACAUUUCAUCACGGGACGAGCUCGCCAGAUUGUUUAACCAGAGACUACAAAUAUUAUCAUAGUCCUCCCAACUCUCCAUUGGAUCAUUCCCCUUUUAAAGUCACUGGACGUGAAAUGGUAUCCUUUCCGUUUUCAAGCAUUAGCAAUUCAGAUUUGUUGGAAGCGUCAAGUCCAACACGAAGUGAUCGGUGGUGGAUAUGAGCUUUACUGAAGAACUACUUGAAACGAGUUUGGUUGCCACCAGGUCAAUAUAGCUCUUCUUACUCGCACUGUUCUGAUAAUUUGGCGUCAUGCGUUGUUUCUUGCAUUCUUUUAGAUAAGACAUUAAAGGUCAGACGACAUAAGAAUCGAUGAUUUUAGAUC